UCAACAACACACUCAUCAACACACUCAUCAAGACCAUCAUCAACACGCUCAUCAACACCACGCUCAUCAACACGCUCAUCAACACGCUCAACACGCUCAUCAACACGCUCAUCAACACGCUCAUCAACACGCUCAACACAACUAAUCUAG